GUGAAACCCUGUUGCUGAUGCUGGAGUUUGUGCAGGGCUUCCUGGGGCUAUAGGUGAAGUGGAAAGGGAAGGACCUGUUUGAUCUAGUAUGCAGGACACUAGGACUCCGAGAAACCUGGUUCUUCGGGCUGCAAUACACUAUCAAGGAUACGGUGGCUUGGCUCAAAAUGGACAAGAAGGUUCUGGAUCACGAUGUUCCGACAGAGGAGCCUGUCACCUUUCACUUCCUGGCCAAAUUUUAUCCUGAGAAUGCAGAGGAGGAACUGGUCCAGGAAAUCACACAGCACUUGUUCUUCCUGCAGGUGAAGAAGCAGAUUCUGGAUGAGAAGAUCUACUGUCCUCCUGAAGCUUCUGUCCUGCUGGCCUCUUAUGCUGUCCAAGCCAAGUAUGGCGAUUACGAUCCCAAUGUCCACAAGCGAGGCUUCUUGGCGCAGGAGGAGUUGCUUCCAAAGCGGGUAAUAAAUCUGUACCAGAUGACUCCAGAGAUGUGGGAGGAAAGGAUAACAGCCUGGUAUGCAGAGCACCGAGGCAGAGCGAGAGAUGAAGCUGAAAUGGAGUAUUUGAAGAUAGCUCAGGACUUGGAGAUGUACGGAGUGAACUAUUUUGCGAUUAGGAAUAAAAAGGGCACUGAACUGCUCCUUGGAGUUGACGCCUUGGGUCUUCAUAUUUAUGACCCAGACAACAGGUUGACCCCUAAAAUCUCCUUCCCAUGGAACGAGAUCCGGAAUAUCUCAUACAGCGAUAAAGAGUUUACGAUUAAGCCAUUGGACAAAAAGAUUGAUGUUUUUAAAUUCAAUUCAUCAAAACUGCGUGUGAAUAAGCUGAUUCUUCAGCUGUGUAUUGGAAACCACGACCUCUUCAUGAGGAGGAGAAAGGCAGACUCGUUGGAGGUCCAGCAGAUGAAGGCACAGGCCAGGGAGGAGAAAGCCAGGAAGCAGAUGGAACGGCAGCGCCUGGCCCGAGAGAAGCAAAUGAGAGAAGAAGCUGAGAGGACAAGGGAUGAGCUGGAGAGAAGAUUGAUGCAGUUAAAGGAGGAGGCAACGAUGGCCAACGAGGCUCUGAUGAGGUCUGAAGAGACAGCAGACUUGCUGGCUGAGAAGGCUCAGAUCACGGAGGAGGAGGCCAAGCUCCUGGCUCAGAAAGCAGCUGAGGCUGAACAGGAGAUGCAGCGAAUCAAAGCCACAGCCAUCCGGACGGAGGAGGAGAAGCGGCUGAUGGAACAGAAGGUGCUAGAGGCAGAGAUGUUGGCACUGAAAAUGGCGGAGGAGUCAGAGAGGAGGGCGAAGGAGGCUGAUCAGCUAAAGCAAGACCUUCAGGAGGCUCGCGAGUCUGAGCGGAGAGCAAAGCAGAAGCUUUUGGAGAUCACCAGCAAGUCAUCCUACACGCAGUCCAUGAACUCAAGUACAACAGCACUGCCUACCGACCUGCCAAGCUUCAACCUCAUCAAUGAGAGCCUGUCCUUUGACUUCAAGGAUACGGACAUGAAGAGGCUUUCAAUGGAAAUCGAGAAAGAGAAGGUAGAGUACAUGGAGAAAAGCAAGCACCUGCAGGAGCAGCUGAAUGAGCUGAAGACAGAAAUUGAGGCACUGAAGCUAAAGGAGAGAGAGACAGCUCUGGAUAUAUUGCACAACGAGAAUGCCAGCCGAGGCAACAGCAAGCACAACACUAUUAAAAAGCCUCAAGCCCAGGGCAGAAGACCUAUCUGCAUUUGAGACUGCAAACUCACCCUACAGAGCACCAAGUCCCGUGUGGCCUUCUUCGAGGAGCUCUAGGAAGCGACCAGCCGCUCCGCACCGCUGCUGCCUGCCGGCCGGCUCCCCCACAAGCCAGAAUCUCUCCCCUAAGACCGGCGUACCCCAACCGGGGCCGGGGAGCUGGGCAUCGCCCCCCCAGUCCCCGCUGGGUGCUACCAGCCUCUGCACGCCGAUGGACUCGGGGCUCGGCCGCCCACAGACUGUGUGAUGUUUUCUAGCUUAGUGUCCAUUUAUCCUCCUCCGUGUCUCUCUUUUUACCUUUUUUCCCCCACCCAGCCUUUUUGUUAUUUUUCUAGCAUAGAUUUUUGGCUCAGCCCUCCAGGCUUUCCCCCUGGUGCUGGGGUCAGGGCUGCGGCCGUGCCCCCCAGCCUGGCAGCCGGUGGAGGAGCGUGCCGAAGGGUCUCCCUUGGCGAGGAUGCCAUCCCUCCGGGCUGCCUUCUUCUGCCGGCAGCGGCUGUGCCAGCCCUGGAGCCCCGUGCCGGUGGUGCCUGGAGCUCCAUUAGGAACACAGAGCAUGUUCUAGUAGAGUGCUGUAAAUCAGGGGCCGUCGCGCCGGCUCUCCCAGCGCCCAGCAGAGGUGGGAGGCAGGCGGGCAGGGAGCAGGAUUAGAGCAGCUGCAGGGACCUCGGUCUAUGGGGAUUAGGGCUACUGCUUCUCUGGGGAGAGGAGGCAGAGGCAGGAGGUGGGGAGGAAGGUCUCCUCCUCCUCC